AAAAUGUAGCCAAAGUUAAACAAUAUGGCUGUGUAUACGUUCGACGAAAAGUGUAACGUGGAAAUUUCAUUCGUUUUUAAAAGUUCGUCAUAGUUAUAUCUAUAUUGGAAAAGGUUUGAUAAAUUAUUUAAGAAUCAUGGCUACCAUCAGCAAAAGUAAUCUAUCUAGAGAGGAUAUAAGAUCUGCGGAUAAGGACGAAAAAGAAACCCUCUUGGAACAUGAUAGUGAGCCCGAUGAAGAUAUGAUAUUUAACAAUGAAAAAACUGCUUGACAUAUCAACUCUCAUCAGUGGAGGUUCAUUAAGAUCAUGAAAAUGUUGAAGACUUAAGAUAUGCCUUUUAUCCUCCCAUCAUGUCUGACAUAUGAUUUCAGCCGUCCCAGUACAUCAAAUGGAAUAAGCAGACCCGAUGGAAAAAUGGAUAGCAUCAGAAUCCAAAUUCAAGAGGUGACAGAUGUGAUGCGAGAUAACGUGAAGAAAGUCAUGGAACGUGGAGAGAGAUUAGAGGAUCUACAAGAUGCAAGCGAUCGGUUGUCUAUGGCUGGUAGUCAAUUUAGAGAAGCAGCAAAGAAAGCACAACGAAGGGCAUGGUUACAAAACGUGAAAUCACGGAUUAUUAUUGUCAGCGUUACAUUGACGAUCGUUCUCUUUAUCGUUGUUUUGGACAUCUUGGCGCUUUACCUGGUUCUCAGAUAGCAAACAUCCUAUAGAGUGGUAUUCUGUUCUUCAGAAAUGAAGUAUCCAUUAUUAUCAAGUAUACGUGACCUCAAUAUCUUCAACAACGAGAGAUCACAGUCGAUGUCACAAGCACAGACCUUGUCUUUGUACCUUUUUUCGCGGAAUUAUUUGUGCGUAAUUUAAUUAUAAGCUUGUGUAUAUAUAUAUAUAUAUAUAUAUAUAUAUACCUAUAUAUUUUAUAUAUUUGUUAAAUGGUAUAAAAUAUCUUCGUCGUUAAAAUAAAGUCAUAUUAUGAUAAAGAAUAGAAAAAAAUUUUCAAAUUUGUUAUAAUUGAAUCGUUACACAUUAUUUUCGUUAUAAAGAUGAAGAUAAAGAAAUUAUACUUUGAUUAAUAUCACUUCUUUUUAUAAAUAUCUUUGUCUUAACGAAAAAAUUUUUAAUAGAAACGAUAUUAUCUUAAUGUUAUCGCUUAAGAUAUGAUAGUGAAGAUAUAUAGAUAAAAAAAUUUUUCUUUCUUCUUUUUUCCUUUUAUUUUUUAAUAAUAAUAAUAAUUUUUCAUUGCAUUUAAAAUAAAUUUGUACCGAUUGCAUUUAAAAUAAAUUUAUAAUGAUUAUAAUAUUGGUCAAUGAUCUCUUUGUUCUUAUAACAAGAUGUAUAUAUAUUAAAAAAAAAGAAAAAG